UAUUACUUUACUAUAAGAAGGUACAAAAGCAAUCUAUUAUUUACAAUAAAUUACGACAGUAUUUUUUCAACAACGUUUUUACCUGUUCAGAAGCGGUUCAUGUUUGAUCUUGAUUAAGUUGAUCAGGUGUAUUGAGAUUCUGCAGUCGGACCGAAACUUCCAGAUGAACCUGAUUGUGUGUGCCCUGAUGUAAUGGUUUACUGAGUUCAUGUCGUCUGACCGCUGAUAGAUUCUGUUCGUCAGGGUUGUGAUGGCAGACACGGCUGUUCAGAUGACUGGAGAUCUAAACAACAAUCAGUCCAGGACACCGGUGUCCACCAGAAUGUCCUUCUCAUCGCCCAGACGAGGAGCGACCAUGAGCUUCCACAACAUCAGCUACAGCGUGAAGAUGAAGAGCGGCUUCCUGUGCAAGAGGAAGGUCACGCAGAAGAACAUCCUCAUCGAGCUCAAUGGUAUCAUGAGGCUGGGACUGAAUGCAAUAUUAGGAGCGACUGGGAGCGGGAAAUCAUCGUUUCUGGACGUUCUGGCCGCUCGUAAGGAUCCUGCUGGUCUUUCUGGAGAGGUUCUUAUAGACGGAGCUCCACAGCCUCCAAACUUCAAAUGUCUGUCUGGAUACGUAGUGCAGGAUGACGUGGUCAUGGGGACACUGACGGUUCGUGAGAAUCUGCGUUUCUCAGCAGCUUUAAGGCUCCCGAAGUCGAUUCGUCAGCGAGAAAAAGAUGAGAAGGUUGAGAGACUCAUUCAGGAGCUGGGAUUGAGCAAAGUGGCCGAUUCACGGGUGGGCACGCAGCUGAUUCGUGGUGUUUCAGGUGGAGAGAGGAAGAGGACAAACAUCGGCAUGGAGCUGAUUAUUGAUCCCCCGGUGCUUUUCCUGGACGAGCCGACCACCGGCCUGGACGCCAGUACAGCCAACUCUGUCCUCAUGCUGCUCAAGAAAAUGGCGAACAGUGGUCGUAACAUCAUCCUGUCCAUCCAUCAGCCGCGGUACUCCAUCUACCGGCUGUUCGACAGCCUCACACUGCUGGUGGGAGGAAGACUGGUGUAUCACGGCCCGGCUCAAGAUGCCCUGGAUUACUUCAGCCAUAUCGGAUACGUCUGUGAACCUCAUAACAACCCUGCUGAUUUCUUCCUGGAUGUCAUCAAUGGAGAAUCCUCCGCCGUCGCUCUCAACUUGAUAAACAACAGUGAGGAACUGGACGAGGAGCAGCUGAGUUCAUCUCUGAAGGGCAUCGAGGACCGUUUGGUGGAAGAAUACAAGAACAGUGCCAAUUACAAACUGACUAAAAGUGAGUUAGAGCGAAUUGUUCAGGGACGGGACUACAGCAAACAACCCAAAUCCAGAACCAUCACCUACAGCACAUCCUUCUGCCACCAGUUCAACUGGGUUCUCAAAAGAACCUUCAAGAACCUCAUGCUGAACCCACAGACCUCAUUCGCUCAGAUUGGAGUGAUGAUUUUCCUGGCUCUGGUUGUUGGGGCCAUAUUUUUUGGAGUGGAGAAGAAUUCGAGCGGCAUUCAGAACAGGAUGGGUGCACUCUUUUUCAUCACCACCAAUCAGUGCUUCAGUUCUGUUUCCUCGGCUGAACUCUUCAUCACUGAGAGGAAACUGUUUGUGCACGAGUACAUCAGCGGAUACUACAGAGUCUCGGUGUACUUCCUGUCCAAGAUCCUGUCUGAUGUCCUGUUUCUGCGUACAAUCCCGGCCGUCAUCUUCAGCUGCGUGGUAUACUGGAUGAUCGGACUGAAGUCAACGGUCGAGACGUUCUUCAUCUUCAUGUUCUCCAUCGUUCUGGUGUCUUACACAGCCACGUCCAUGACUCUGGCCAUCUCUGCUGAUCAGACGGUGGUGGCCAUCGCUAACAUCUUCAUGACCAUCAGCUUUGUCUUUAUGAUGAUCUUCUCGGGGCUGCUGGUGAAUCUCCCCAGUGUUGCUGACUGGUUGAACUGGCUGAAGUAUUUCAGUAUUCCUCGUUACGGUCUCGCUGCUUUGGAAAUCAAUGAGUUCACCGGCCUGAAUUUCUGUGACAUGAGGAACGUUAGCAGCACUUUAGUAGAAGUCUGCACCACAGGUGAGGACUUUCUGAGCAAACAGGGCAUCAGUUACUCAACCUGGGGUUUGUGGCAGAAUCAUUUAGCUCUGGGAAUCAUGACCCUCAUCUUCCUCAUCAUCGCUUACCUCAAGCUGCGCUUCUUCAAGAAAUUCACCUGAACACAAGCUCAUGUUCUUCCUCACACACUUCCAGAGCAUCCACCAAAUCCCAUUUCCCGCUCUGACAGUCGUGAUGCUGAAUCUUAAACAUUCAUCCAAUCAUGCUGCAGACAGAAAUGAACGUGAAGAAUUGACUGCGCUCAGACUUAUUGUUCUCUAAUAGUUUGCACACUAAAGAUUUGUUUUAAAAGUACGUUUUUUUUUGCUCAGUAACAGUACAGUUACUAAUGAAUGUCAAUGUGGAGUCUUUUAUGGAUAUGUUCAGUUAGUUUCUGUUUAAUGGACUUUUAGUUUAUUUUGAUCAUUUCCUAUAUUCCUUUGGUUUUUCUGUUUUACUGAUAUGAUUAGUUGUUUAGUUCUGCGGUGUCUCAUUUAAUUUAUGUUUUGUAUCAGUGCUUAAGUUCUUCCUUCUGUGCUCUUUGUCUGGUCUCGUUCACGUUAGUGUUGGUUUAUGCCUCCUGUUCUGUUUGGAUUAAAGACUUUGUGGUAAGGACUAAAUCUGUUGUCUGUCUGUCUGUCUACAACACAUCGUAUUUACUCCAGUUUGACACCGUUUAGAUGUUUUUGUUGGCUGAGAUAUUUUUACUAGC